CUGGUGUUUGGUGUGAAACAUGAUAGCCCCAGGCGGGUGGGGACUAUUUUUUGUGACGUAACAAACAACAAAAGGGAACAGGUACAGGUAUAGGCAGGUAAAAGAGACAAAGGUCUUGUAAGUUCCUCUUCAAGAGGGAAAAUGUAGGCAUAAUCCAAAGGUUUACCGCCUUACAGAAGUAGAUAGACCUUUGGAGGCAUGGAGAGACAUUUGAGGAUCAUCUUUGUACAGGUGUUGUUUGGUUUGCUGCUUGUGACAGAAGCUUACAGCAGUGACAGGUGUGCGGUGACAAAGACAAGUGUAGUAUCCACCCAGGUGACAUACAGAAGAAGCUACAGUAGUAUCUACUACAUCAACUGUGGGUUCUGGGGCUGGAACAGGUGUCCUCGAUACAGAACCUCCUACAGAACUGAGUAUGGGACCCAAUAUUCUACAGAGCAGUAUGAGGAGUCUACAGAUUGUUACCAUGGCAACUGCACUGCUAAUGGGACAUGUGCCUGUGAUGACGGGUACACUGGGUCAACCUGUCAAGAUGACAUUGAUGAGUGUACCACCCAAAACCCAGACUGCGAACAGAAGUGUGUGAACACCCCAGGCAGCUACAGGUGUUUAAAUGAAGAUGAGUGUGCGACAGGAAACCACGACUGUACCCACAGCUGUAACAACACCUACGGAAACUUCACCUGCGGCUGUAGGAUGGGAUAUGACUUCAACACCAGCACCAGGCACUGUGUGGACAGUAACGAAUGUCUGGACAACAACGGAGGCUGCCAGCACAACUGUACCAACACUAACGGCAGUUUUCUGUGCACCUGCGCUGAUGGGUACAUGUUGAUGCCUGAUGACUCAUCUUGUACAGCUUCUGGAUUUACAACUUCAGUACCAAGGACAGCCACCAAACAUGCAGACACCACAACAAAAAGUACGACACAAACUACUGAUUCAUCGGCUCCGUCUACUUUUUUUUCAGAUUUCACAGUCUACAAGGCUGAGGUGACCCUCACCACCAUCCAGGGUCAGCCGGUAGUGUUUAGUGAGGAGCUGGCUACACCAGGCUCACAACUGUUCGUGCAAACAGCUACAGUUGUGGAGAACUCGAUGAACACUAUCCUAAGGAGGAGCCCAAUACAGGACACUUUCAUGCGGUCAAAAGUCACCGGAUUUCGACAGGGAAGUGUCAUCUCAGAAAUAGACCUGUACCUGGAAAAGCAGGAGGGCGAAGUAGUAUCAGCCUCUUAUGUCAGGGAUGUCAUUCUGGCUGGAGUACUGAACAACACUAUAUACAGCCCUGGGAGAAGCCUGGGGAUCCAGGCUAACUCACUACAAGUCACACAACCAGGUGAGGGAGAGGUGGAUAGAACAGCAGAGAACGGGACCAUCGCUGCCAUCGUGAUUGUCCUUGCUGCACUUCUGCUAGCUGUGGUAGGGGUCGCUGCUUUCUUCUAUCGUCGGCACCGGAGUAAGUUGAGGAUGGAUCACGCUCGAAGUAUAUACGGAGUUCGCAACAGUCAAAACUCCACCCUGAACAACCUCUCGGAGCGCCAACCAACACAGGCAUUCUCAAACAACAUCUAUGACAACCCCUGCUUCGAAGGGAACCCAACCCGACCGCAACAAUCGCCCGCAACGUUGCAGGAUCUCGCGGCGGCUAACAAAGCACCUCCGUUGCCUAACCGCCCUCCCUCCCUACCAAAAGUCGGGAACGAAAACCCACAACUUAAUAGAGCUUGCAAACCAAGUAACGAACUAGUUGUUGGAAACUUGAACAAACAGGAGAACCACUAUGAAGUGUGUGGUCCUGGGGUAAGCUCUAAGGGAAAUUCAAGUGAAUCCAGUAAAGACGAAUAUGGAUACGAGAAGCCUGUAAACACAUUUGAUCCAAGUAUCUAUGAUGAUAUUAUGAAGGAUUGAUUUGGUUCCUGUAAAAUUCAUUUAUUUUUGCAGUAAAUUUUGAUACGUCCUCUUUACCAAAAAUUCCUGACAAAGGGAAAUGUAUAUGUAUCUUAAUGGUACUACAGAGUAUUGAUUCAACCUAAAGAAAUAAAUGCCUUUUCCCCUGUUCCUUAAAAAUGCAUCCACACAAAAAUAAAUGUGUUUUAACAUGUUUUUUUUUGUAGUUAUUGCUUUGAGCCAAUAAAAGUUUUAUUAUGCUGAAAUAGACUAUGUAGACCUGGACUGCUUAAGAUUUAAGAAAUGUACAUAGAUAAGUAUAGAUCUUUUAAAGGUUACUUACUUUACUUUUGUCCAUUUUCAACAUACGUCUUUGAAUAGAAUAUAUAUUGAAAUGAAUCUAAGCUAUGAUUAGUAAUGAAGAUUGAUCUGAAAUGGUACACAUAUAGCAGUAUGCUUUUUAUUGAAUUGCAUAUAACAGCAUGCCAUGUAGCAGUAACAUUGCUUUUUAUCUGAUAGCCCAAUUCUUAAUAUUAUGUUAUCCAUAGCAGUAUGCUUUUUUAUUGAAUGGCUAAUUAGCAUAUAGCAGUAUGUUUUUUAUUGGAUGGCUCAGGGUGAACACCAUGAUCAGCUUUUGUAUAUAUUAUCAGACAACAUAUUGUUGUUGCAAGUGGCAAAACAUUUUUAUUGAAAUUUUAUAUUUUCUAUCUGUAUUAAUAUUGAUAUUAUGUCAAACCGUAAACUAGAACUUUUGAUGGCUACCAACACUGUUCCUUAUUAAGCAUUUAAUAUUUUAUUGCAUCACUAAGUGAAACCAGCUUAUUCCUUAGUCUUAAGCUAUUGGAAGAUUGAAUACCUUAAAACCAAUUUUUUUCCGGUAACUACAUCAUUGUUUACCUUAUAGGUGGGCUGCUUAAGAUAUUAUAAUGCAUAUAUGUAUGCUAUCAGUUGGCUUUUUUCUCAACUUGAAUAUUGUAUUCAGAAUGAAUUAAAGUUUGCAUUCCUUACCAUGA